CGAUUUGGAAUUUGAGCUAUGCUGGAUUAAUUGUUGGGUAGGAUGUAGGUUUGGUCAUUGGACGAGAAGAGGACUCAGAAAUGGCAGCAAAGUACAUCGUCACUUCGAGGGACAAGUCGAACGAUGUGGUGGUGGACUUGGAUCCUAGAGCAGCUGAUAUCACAGUGGAUUACUUGAGACGACAUGGUGUGCUGGUGGUCUUUCAAGGGCCACGUGCAGACGCUGCAUUUGCUGCAAAAGAACACUGGCUACGAACUAUGGAAAAUGGAUGGGACUCGGAUAUGGUGGGAGGACAGCAUGGUAGAGUGAAACCUAAGGGAGCGAAUAUGAUAUCAUAUCUGGCAGUCAAUCAUGUUUUGAGGGAUUGGUUGGUGAAUACAUUGAAAAAAGAGGAUAAUGCGCCGGUGGAUGAGAAACCAUGCAAGGUGCUGUAUCGACCAUGGUCCACACAAGUGGAGCAGGAGCAAGCCAGACAAGAUUUGCAAGCUCAACGCUUUUGGAUAAGAGCAGUGAGAGUUCCAUAUUUGGUUAUGCCUUUUCUUAAGGCCGCUGUGAUACAGGAAUUCGGAGAGGUCAUAAAAGAUUAUCCGCCAGAGAGGAACAAGGUAGCUCCCAGAUUGAUGAACCGCAGAUGGUUUGGUCAUGUCACUGGUGAUAAGCAGUGCCCGAAUAGACAGGGAAGGGUUGAAGCUCUGUUAGUCCCUACCAAGGGCUCGCCUGUUGCUAGACCUUCGUCAGCAAUGGUUGGCGGAGUGGGACCGCCCUCAGCUCCGGCUGGGUCUGGGGGAGGUUCUUCAUCAGCACCGGUUGGCGGCGCAGGACCACCCCCGGCCCCGGUUGGGUCUGGGGGAGGUCUUGCCCGGGUCCCGACUGGGGUUGAGAAGGAUCCCACCACGACAGCAGUCGGAGGCCAUCUGCCCGUCCCUGCCGGGACUGGAAGCGUUUCUCUCCCACUGGGAGGUGCCACACUGGCCACUGCGGGGGCUGGGAGUGUCCCUUCUCCGGUGGGAGCAGCGGUACCUACCUUUGUGGGAGUCGGGGAUGGAUCGCCUUCGGUACUGGGAGGAACGGGGGAUGGGCUGCAACCUGAUCAUCCUACCCAGGAGAGGAUGGAAACUGAGAAAAGUGUCAUGAUUAUGGGCGAUGCUGCAGCAAGAUUGAUCGUCGCAGAUGAUGGUGGUAAUGUUAUGCUUACAGAAGAACACCCUGAUAUGACACAACCGGGUACAGGAGCUCAGGGAGUGCAACAGGCCAACCCGGGUGAAGAGGAGAUGAUGCUCCAACAGAAAAGCUCCCUUCAAGUUCCUCGCCGCAAAAUACUGGUUGGAGGACCGAAGAAAAUGCCUUAUAAACCGUAUGACAAGCCGGGAAAAGGGGAUCAGACAGAUAACAACAAAGAGAGAGUGGAGUGGGCAGACAUACUGGAUGAUGAAGAUGAAACAGAACAACCUGGGCUCACAGAACACGUUUUGCAACAAGGUGGAUGCGAACAUCCCGUGGCACAAGAGUAUUUUUUCUAAUAAUUUUCUUAUGCUCAAGUGUAAGGACUGGACCGACUGAGACUAAUGGACAAAUUACGAAUUAUUUCUUGGAAUGUUCGUGGCCUCGGGUCUCAUCGGGUAGCAGUUAAAAGAUCCCUCAUCAAGACAUUGGCAAGGAACAAAGGGGCGCAGGUUGU